AUGUCGCGGGCGACGCAUCGAGGGGCGUGCGUGACGUCGACGUCGACGCGCGCGACGCGGGCGACCGCGAGGGGGACGACCGUGGGGAGACGCGCGACGCGAACGGGCGCGCGUGAUGGUCGAGGGGUCGAAGUGGGGGGCGUGAAUGUCGGGGCGACGGUCGCGCGCGCGCGCGCCGAGCGCCCGCUGGUGACGACGUGGACGCGUCGGGGUGAUGUCGUCGUCCGCAACGCGUCCUCGGCCGACGCGGGGGCGGGGGCGACGAAGAAGCUCGGCGCGCUGGGGGCGGCUAUUUGGAAAUUUGUGCGACCGCACACGAUUCGUGGGACGUUGCUCGGCACGACGGCGAUCGUGUCGAAAAUUUUGAUGACCAACCCGGAGUUGAUCACGUUGAGCCUGGUCCCACGCGCAUUGCUCGGGCUCUUGGCGCUUCUCAUGGGAAACGGAUACAUCGUCGGGAUCAAUCAAAUUUACGACGUCGACAUCGACAAGGUGAACAAGCCCUUCCUGCCGGUGGCUUCUGGGGAGUUGUCCUUCGCCGCCGCGUGGACUUUCUGCGCUAUCACUGCUCUAGGAGGUGCCAUGAUCGUGGCCACGAACUUUGUGCCUCUGAUCACGAAAUUGUACUGCUUUGGCUUGUUCCUCGGAACCAUUUAUUCGGUGCCGCCUUUGCGCCUGAAGCGAUUUGCGCUUCCGGCGUUCCUCAUCAUCGCUUGCGUGCGCGGUUUCUUGCUCAACUUUGGCGUGUAUCACGCCACUCGAGCUGCGAUUGGUCUGCCGUUCGUCUGGAGCCCGGCCAUCACGUUCAUCACCAUCUUUGUCACCACCUUUGCCACUGUCAUCGCCAUCACCAAGGACUUGCCAGACGUGGAGGGUGAUUUGAAAUUUGAGAUCCAAACGUUUUCCACGCGUUUGGGGGUGAAGGCCGUGUCGUACAUCGGUUCCGGAUUAUUGCUCGCCAACUACGCCUUCGCUAUAGCAUUCUCGCUCAAGAAUCCGACGUGGUUUGUCCAGCCGCUCAUGAUCGGUGGUCACGCCCUGCUCGCCGCCUUCCUCGUAGUCAAAACUCUGGCGCUCGAGCGCGGCAAAUUCUCUCAGGGUGCCAUCCAGCAGUACUACCGCGACAUCUGGGCUCUGUUCUAUUCCGAAUAUUUCCUUUUCCCUUGGAUUUAA